UGUUUAGUCAAUUAUAACCUCUGUUGGAAGAUUAACACAUUGAUUGCACAGUUGUUUAAAAUUUAUUAUAAGUGACAAUGAAAUAUGAAUCGUGCUUUAAUUUAACUAUAUAUGUACAUUAAGUGAAUAACUAAACAGUAAUAAGUAACUACUAAUUUCGUUCUCUAAUCUCGUGACAAAAUUCACUUACACGUGUUUAAUAAGAGUUAUUUAAUUUAUGAUUAAAAAUGAAGGUUAACAAAAAUAAGAAAGAAAUUAUAAAGAAACCUAAUCUUAAAAAGAUUAAGAAAAACAAAAAGGAAAUAACUAAGAAUCAAGAAACACGAAAGGAUGAAAAUAUGAUAACAUUACCCUCAGUACGAAUGUCUGAUGAUCCGGCACCUAAACAGGUAAAGUGGAUAAACAGACAACGAGUUUUAGUGUUUGCUGCUCGAGGUAUCAACCAUUCUCAUCGUCACUUAAUGGAGGAUAUAAAAAAACUAAUGCCUCACCACAAAAGUGAAUCUAAAAUGGAGAGGAGUAAAAAUUUGUAUGUUGUUAAUGAAAUAUCUGAGAUGAAAAAUUGUAAUAAAUGUUUGCUAUUUGAAGGAAGAAAAAUGAGAGAUUUGUAUCUUUGGAUGUCUAAUAUUCCAAAUGGACCUAGUGCAAAAUUUUUAGUUGAAAAUGUUUAUACAAUGGGUGAACUGAAAAUGACAGGGAAUUGUUUAAGAGGUUCCCGGCCUUUACUAUCAUUUGAUCCACAGUUUACUAAAAGUGCACAUUACUCUCUUCUCAAGGAAUUACUGACUCAAAUAUUUGGGGUGCCAAAACACCAUCCAAAAAGUCAACCAUUCUUUGACCAUGUAUACACUUUCAUGAUACUAGACAAUAGAAUUUGGUUCAGAAACUAUCAAAUUCUAUCAGAAGAUGGUGCAUUAGCAGAAAUAGGGCCAAGAUUUGUUUUGAAUCCUGUCAAAAUUUUCUCUGGAUCAUUUGGUGGUGCUACUUUAUGGGAGAACCCCAAAUAUUUGAGCCCCGCUAAACUUCGUCAAGCAUUCUCCAAGAAAGCUGCAAAUAAAUAUGAAAAUAGAAUUGAGAAAAAGGUUCGUAAUGAAGCAACUAAACCAGAAACUGGUUACCCUGAUAUUGAGGACUCAUCCUUCUUCAAAGGAGAUCCAUUGAAGAAGGCAGAAAAUGUUGUAAUAAAAGAUGAAAUUGAUACUGAAUCAUUGAAAGAAAAUGAGAAGGAAAAUAUCAAUCAACCAAUGUUCAGUACAAAUUUAAAGAAAUCUAAAAGUAAACCAGAUAUGGCUAUAAGACGUAAACAACUUAAAGCUCAGAGUAAAGCAAUUUCUGAUAAAAUAAAGAAAAGGAAACAAUUCCAGAAAAAGAAACCUUUAAAGUCUAAAUAAAUGAAAUACCAAUUU